UCAGGAUCAGUCGAAGCCAUAUGACUCGAAAAAGGAUUGUUGGGUUCCAGACGCCGAAGAAGGCUUCAUUUCGGCUCAAGUUAAGAGCACCAAAGGUGAUAUGGUCGCAGUUGUCACAUCCCGAGGAAAUGAGGAGUUUCAUGACGUUUCGGUGAAACAUUCGAAAAUAUUUUUCGUGCUUGUCAAACAUCUGUUCUUCCAGGUGACACUGAAAUCGGAACUUGUGCAAGAGAUGAAUCCACCAAAGUUCGAAAAGACUGAAGAUAUGUCGAAUUUGACAUUCUUGAACGAUGCAUCUGUACUUCACAAUCUACGAGCACGAUAUGCUUCUAUGCUCAUCUAUACAUAUUCUGGCCUAUUCUGCGUUGUGAUCAACCCAUACAAACGUUUACCAAUUUACACGGAUUCUGUAGCAGCAAUGUUCAUGGGCAAGAGAAGAACUGAGAUGCCACCCCACUUGUUCGCCGUUUCAGAUGAAGCAUAUCGAAAUAUGCUUCAAGAUCACGAAAAUCAGUCGAUGUUGAUCACCGGUGAAUCUGGAGCCGGUAAAACUGAAAACACCAAAAAGGUAAUUGCAUAUUUCGCAGCUGUCGGUGCGUCU